UCAACUCACGAGCGGCAGCCAGCGCUUCUUGUGGCGCUCAACUAGUCAAACCCGUCUCGUCUCGUCUCGUCACACACGCUCAUGCUGCAGAACUCUCGUCCGACGCUGGCCGACGUCAGCUGCUCGGCGUCAGUCCCGCGCCCUUUGCCGGUGCCACGCCUGACACCGCUGGGCUCGCUGUCCUUGGAUGAUUUGAGCCACUUGACGGCCGCUGGCGAGUGCCAGCCCGGCCCAACCGGACGUGGCGAUGUCAGCUCGGACGGCGCAAGCUCCUGCUCAGACUUCGGCACCGUAGGGAAGACGCAGCUGUCGCUGGCUGAGGCAGACAGGAGGAAGCGAAGGCGAGAGAACAACAAGGCCGCCGCCGCUAAAUGCCGCAGAAAGAAAAAGGACAGGACUGAGUAUUUGCUGCUGGAGUCCGAGAAGCUGGAGAACGUCAACGUCAACCUGAAGGCUCAGAUUAAAGCUCUGAAUCAGCAGAAGCAGCACCUGUCUUAUAUGCUCAACCAGCACCGGCCAACCUGCAUCGUCCGUGCCAACAACGGGCACACCCCCGACCACGAAAACGUCGACCUCUUUGUGCGCCACCUCCAGGAGAGCCCGAGCGCCGUGUGCGGCCAAACCUCCCUCUUCGCCAUCCAGGACACUGCCGGCUCCAUUUUUUCCAUCCCCUCGGAACUGGAUGCUGGCGGCCUCCUCAGUCUCGACCACGUCCAGUGUUCGGUCUCCAUGUGACUGUACGAAUGGCCUUGCAAAGUUG